UUCAGUGCCUUAUGCAGUGUUCUGUUCUCACACAAACACCGUCCUAAAUCACACAACCACACCUCAUGUGAUACUCUUCAUCUUUUGGCCUAAACACGCCUGUAUGUUAAAAGUUCACCGUUGGACAUUUGGAUACUCUUGGAAAGCUUAAGACCUGCAGACAGAAGAGAAGACAGCUGAAGCGCACUCGGUGAGCGAGCCGACUAUAAAUGGACUAAAACGAAACUGGAUUCAGAUGUAUUGAUCUUUCGUGGCUUUCCGAUCACCUCCGAGGGUCAGAAUCGCCGGAGGAUGGCCGGCACAGGGUUAGCCCACUACUCUCCGCUCACCUGCUUUCUCUUUCUGAUGAGCCCCCUGCUGGUGUGGAGCCAAAACGACACGGAGCCCAUUCUGCUGGAGGGCAAGUGUUUAGUCGUGUGCGACUCCACUCCCACCACCGAACCCGCUGGGAACGCUUUGGGAAUGUCCGUGCGCUCUGGGACCGGUCGCAUCGCCUUCUCGGCUGUCCGGAACAACAACCUCGAACCGUCUGAGAUGAGCAACCGCACAAUGACCAUAUACUUUGACCAGGUUCUGGUAAAUGUUGGGAGUCAUUUCGAUCCAGCUCGGAGUAUUUUCGUGGCUCCCAGGAAAGGAGUGUACAGCUUCAGUUUCCAUGUGGUGAAAGUCUACAACAGACAGACAAUACAAGUGAGUCUAAUUUUGAACAGUUGGCCGGUCAUCUCCGCCUUUGCUGGCGAUCAGGACGUAACGCGCGAGGCGGCAACUAACGCUGUUCUGGUUACCAUGGAGAGAGGAGACAAAGCUUACCUCAAACUGGAGAGAGGCAACCUGAUGGGAGGCUGGAAAUACUCCACGUUCUCUGGCUUCCUUGUUUUUCCUUUAUAGAGCGAAUGUGAGAGACGUGCAUGCAGACAGACCAAUCAAAUACUCCUUUAUUAGUUAUUGUCAAACUGACAUUGAAAAUGAGUGGGCGUGGCUUGCGUUUUUCACAGUGAAUUGAUUGGAUGUGUAAAAACAGCUGUUGCAUUGAUUGUGAAAUGAAACUGGCAGCGGACUGACAGUUGAAGGGGAGGAGUAAACGGAUGCUCCGCCCAAGCCGUCUAACAUACAUCAUUUCAGAUGGAUCGUCAUUACAGGGCGGAAGUGCAUUUUCAGAUUUUAACUGAAGAUUAUGAGGCACAUGAAUCUUAAAAAGAGAACGGCCCACAUUGAUAAGCUAUUUACUAUAAACGCUGCAAUAUUUCAUUUAAAAAUAAGAAUGGUCGUUUUUAAUUUCACUGGGACUUUAAUUCUUCUAUUAUUUUUCAUAAAACAAGUAAUUGUAUAUUGAUUUAAGAUUUUUUAGAUAUUUUACUAGAAACAAGGCAAAAAUGCUUAGCAAGAAUGUCGUUUUUUUGCAGUGUUGAAGGUGUAAAAGGCCAAAAUCAUCCUUUCCAACGAGGAAUGUGUUAUAGGUUAGAUUAUAGUUCAUUUUAAGGGGCAUCUUAUUGUGUUUUAUCCUGAAGGGAUUUUACAGUUCUUGCACAGUGAUGAUGCAUGUGAACAUUUUCUUUGUCGUCACACGCAUCAAUACUGGUUUGCACACGCGUGUGCAUCUCUGCAUGCUGUUCACUCAUGGGACACGGGUUGAAUGGUCAUGUUUGAUCCUGCCAUGUUCUGAAGGUCAGAGUGUAAGCGGUGGCUUGAGUUUCUGUUUAUCAUCAUUAGCAUCCAUCUGUCCUUCUGGCUUCAGAUGCAAAUACAGGACAGAAGCUCGGCGAGGACACACCUGUGCUCUCUUUGCUAUUUUAAACUGUAUUAUAAAAUGACUAUAAAUUGUGUAUAUGAAUGCAGCAGGUUGUUAUGACAGAUGGCAGAAUUGUGUAUUUUGUUGAAAAUAAACACAUUUGGAGGACCUUUAUAUUCUAGUGUUUGCUAGUUUGUAUAUUGAAACACAAACUGUAAAUUGUGUUUUCAUGGUAGAUGAUUGCGUAUUAGCAUAUCGUUGCCUUGAAAUGAUAACGUUCAGACAUCUUUUGCCAAAACGGAGUUAUUCACGUUUUGACACCUUAUUUACAUUAUGUGAUGUUUCUUUUCUUUACAUUGUGCUCUUUUUUAGAAAACAAAAGGUUUCAAAAUGGAAUGCAAAACUUUUGAAGCUCAUAUCUCAAAACUGCUCCCAAUGCAGACAGAACCAUGACGAUAAUAUGAACAGAUAGAAUGUUUGAUUUAAAAAAUGUCUUUAAAAACGAUCAAAUCAAAGCACGCUUAUAGGUUAAUGAAUGCUGUUCACGAUCGGUUCAAGUUCCCCCAAAAAUGAAAAUGUUGUUAUUCAAACCUGUAUUCUUGAGUCUUUCCUCAAAAGAUAUUUUGAGGAAUGUCUCAGUGGCUUUGUGUUUAUAUAAUGGAAUUCAAUGUUCUUCUAAUUAUCUUCUUUUGUGUUCUGAAGAAGAAAGAAACUCCUACAGGUUUGACAUGACAUGAGGGUGAACGGAAUCUUUGGGUGACCUGUCCUUUAAACAAACGUAAUCAAGGUAUGUCAACAAAUGUAAAUUCGUUGUAGUGUUACCAAAUUGUUGGUGUUGAAUUGAUUCUUGGAUUAACUCUGCAGUGUGUAUGACCGAGUAUGUGAACUGGAACACAUCCUACCAUCAGUGUCUAUUAUUAAAUGGGAAAUGGGCCGAGCGUGACACAGUGCUGAUGAUGGCGAUCUGUUCCAUUCGGUUCCGGGUGACAGAUGGAAUGUUUGGAUUUGGAGUGUUGGGAAUGCCAGAUUCCUGCUGACUAACCCCCAGACACACCGAC